AUGCAAUUCACCACCGUUUCCGUUUUAGCUUUAGCUUCCGUCGUCGUUGCAGACCAAGUCCUCACCCAAAUUGGUGAUGGUCAAAUCCAAGCUCCAACCACUGGUAACCAAGAAGUCACCACCAAGACUUCUACUCCAGAAACCACCAAGGAAACCACCAAGACCACUCCUCCAGCAACCACCGAGAAGACCACCACUUCUUCUACCCCAGCUCCAGCUCCAUCUAACGAAACUCAAACUGAAUUCGAAAAUGCUGCUCCAAAGGCUGUCAUUGGUUCUGGUUUAGUUGCAAUUGCAGGUUUAGCUGCUUUAUUAUAA